GUGUUCAUUUGCCAGUCAAACUUCAACGCAUCAAGAUGUUUCUGGUCGGCAAAUUUUCACCAUUUCUUUGUCUCUUCCUGGUUGGUGCCAUCUUGGCCGAGCCUGAUUCCCUUCCGGAUCCCCCAGGAAGUUUGCUCUGCAUAAUGUUCAAUCAAGAUUUUAUCGAAUGUAGCCCGCUAUCAAUCGAACGCAUUAAACGACAAGACGCACCAAUUCCUGACGCCACCGAGAAAGUUCCCGAAAACCCCACCGCUGAGGAUGUUCCCCUCCCACCCCCUGUUCAGCAGCUUCCGGCGUUGCCAGCCAACUUUCCGUACCCCGGCAUUUUUCCCGUGAAAGAAGCUCCGGUGCCAACGAAGCCUCGGAAGAAUCCAACCGCUUGAUUGACUUGUCUUCAUGAUUAAUAAUAAAAAAAAAAAACAUUUAAAAAAUCUAUGUUCUUGAAUCAGCUGGAAAAAAAAACAUUGUUAAAAAAAAUAAUAAUUUUGUAG